GUAAGGCAUGAAACUACUUUAUGAUAGAUAUGUCCAUUGUUUGUAUAUAUAUGGCUGUAUUUUCUAGCUUCUCACAGGAUCCAUAGAAGAGUUAAGUCUUCAGCAUCAAGCAGAAUCCAUUGCAUUCUCUUUAAGAGCAACCAUGGGGACAAUGAGCGGACCAAGUCCUGGAAUUCUUCCCGAAAAACUCACAGAAGAUAAUUAUGAAUAUUGGAAAGUAUGUGUGAGAAGGUACUUGAUCGGUUUAGGCUUGUGGGAUGUUGUAUCUGGGACGAAAGCUCAACCACCGAAAGAUGCGGAUGAUUAUGAGGAUUGGGAAAGGAAGAAUGCGUUGGCUUUAGUUGUCAUUCAACAAUCAUAUGGGAAACAGGUAUAUUAUAACUUCAGGAAUUCUAUAACUGCCAAAGACGCAUGGGAUUCAUGGGAACCCAUGACUCAACAGCAGGGGGAACCAUCACAAUUCACACGACCAGACGACAAUGAAGGGACGCUAGAAGCCAAUGAGGAUACCGAUUUCCUUUGCGACGCGGCAAUUUAUAAAGCAGUUGAAAGUGGCAACAGGAAAACCACAAUUCAUUUACUUAAACAGAAACCCAACGCUGUUGGCCAGAAAAUUUCGGCCAAUGGGGAUACUGCUCUUCAUGUUGCGAUUCUGGCUGGACAUAUACAGAUUGCUGAGGAAUUGGUGAAGUCAAUGUCAGCAGAGGAAUUGGAAAUGACAAAUAAAUACGGGGAUACAGCCCUCUCUCUUGCUGCCAUCAGCGGAGUCACAAAAUUAGCCAAGUUAAUAGUGCCCAAGAAUCCCAAGUUGGUUACCAGAAGAACUGAUCAAAGUGCUGACGGUCAUGUCCCCAUUAUUGUGGCUUCUCUAUAUGGCCACAAAGAAAUGGUACAUUACCUCUACAGAGAAACUCACAAUAUUGGUGAGCUCAGUAGCGAGGAUGGUGCUACGCUGCUGAAUUGCCUCAUCACUGCUGAUAUGUAUGACGUGGCUUCACAUCUACUGGAACAGAACCCACAAUUGGGUCUCACAAAAGAUCAUUAUGGAAAUUACACCCUCAGAAUAUUGGCUAAAAAACCAUCUGCAUUCCCAAGUGGCUGUAAACUUGUGUACUGGAAAAGAUGGAUCUACUCAAGUAUCAGUGUAAAUUCGUUACAAAGGGUUCUUAAACAUGGGGGUGGGCCCUUUCAUGGACCAACUGAUGAAGAGAAUCCAACAAGACCCAGGCACGAGCUGAAUGCUAGAGGAAAUAUAAUUGACAAAGGCAUGUUGAUUUUCUCCCCUGCUCUGUGCGUGCGUGCAUGCAUGUUUUUGUAUCUGGUUCCAUUUGUACACGUGAAAAUGCAUGUGUCAUUCAAGGUGAUGCAGGCUAGGUGAUGCUCAAGAAAAAUAGAUUUAAAACAUACCAUAUUUGGAAUUUGAGUUGAUUUCAAGGCCGCCUGAUAGGAACCGCAUAUAUUCAUGAUUCUUGUCUUAGUGAUAUUUCAUGUUUUUUAAAGUUAGAUACUAAAUUUGUUAUGUUAAAUCUUUUCAAUUAAUAUUACAUUACACAAUAGUUUUGCAAAAUCAAUACAUUACACAAUAGUUUCGCAAAAUGCCGUACGUGGCAUUUCCAUGUUUUAAAGACCUCUCUUCUCUCCCAACAGGAUCUAUAAUAAGGAUCCUAUCUUAUGGCUCAAGUUGUGUUUCCACAGGCCAAGAAAACUAGCCUUUCCAAGAUAACUUUUGGUUAGUUAAUUACAAGAUCAAAAAAAAUACCAUGUGAAAGAAAACUAACUCAUUUCUAUAAAGAAGCACCAUCCUUUCAUAUGGGAAUUUCAUAUUUCAAAAAUCCUAUUUUUCUCUCCUUGACAUCCAACCCAUCAUAAGGAAAAUUUCC